AUUUAGAUAUCCAUAAACUAUAGAAAAAACAUUUUUAAUAACUAAAAUAAUAAUAAUAAUAAAGUAAAACAAAUGGAUAAUCAUAAACAUAACGUUAACGAUAUUCCACUGAAAGUGUUGUAUUGUACGGUUGAACCAAAAGUCGACCAAUUUAUGGAUCAGAUAAGCUAUGAUAAUAUUGUAGGCAGUGGUACGUACGGUGAUGUCUAUAAAGUCAAGUGCCGGCAAACUGAUAGAUCCUAUGCACUGAAAGUGGUACCACAUCUAGAUGAUACAGAUAGUAGUGUUUGGGACAAUGAGAUCGAGUAUAUUAGAAAUGCCCGAUCAAAAUAUGUGGCCAAUUAUUAUGAUCACCGCAUUAUCGGCGACCAAUUGUUUCUGCUUAUGGAGUAUUGUUCGGGUAAUUUGCAUCAACUAUUGGAUAGUAAACCCGAAAUAUGUCGGCGCCGAGAGAGCGAUCCAAUCGGUAAAUACGAGUUUUAUUUGUCGGCUAUACUAUUCAAACAGAUACUGGAGGCCGUACAACAUAUACAUGUGUUAGAGCCGCAAAUCAUUCACCGAAAUAUCCGACCCGAAAACCUAAUGAUAGCAUUUAAUGGCAAUUCAAUUGGUGUCAAACUUAUUGGCUUCGGUAUAGCCACUCAUCACUACCGUAAUGGUCACAAUUUGAAACAUACCACUGGUGUAUGUGGAUGUAUACUAUAUUGUGCUCCCGAAGUGGCCAGUGGUUUCGAUUAUGAUCAUCGGGUAGACGUCUACAGUCUGUCCAUUGUCGGGGCCAAACUGUUUGGUAUCGAUUUGGAUGUAUUGAAAGCUAAAGAUGCCACUCAGCUUACACCUGAAGUCUGCUGUAAGGAACCAAUGAAACAGGUAUUUCAGUGGUUGUGUCGUAUGAAUAGCGCCGAACCCAAUGACCGACCCGACUGUACGGAAGUGUUGGCCGACUACAACAACUGGAAUAUCCCAGAGUUUGACAUUAUAACCACAUGGAUGGCCAACAACUAUGAUCAUAUUUACGAGCAAUUGGUACCACCGUUUGUAGCCGAUCAGCCAAAAUGGGAAAACCUAUUGGUUAGGGCCGGACUCGAUCAAUACGCCAGUCUCGGACAGGUCAUCGAUAUGUUGGCCACUGAAAAAUGGUCUAAACUGUUGAACCCAUUGUUUACCGAUAAUAAAUAAUUUAAUUAUUUAUAUUAAUA